AUGUUCAAGGAACCUCAAAUAACUUUUGUGGAUCUCGUUGGUUCAAUUGAUUGUCUGCUAACUGUCAACAGUUCUUGUAUAGAUGAAUACCAUUGCAAUAUGUUUAUCUUCUUUUUAUUAUUAUUAUGGAAUAGGAGCGUUAUUUAUAGUCAAUCAACGGUGGACCUGAUAGAACUGAUUUUCAAUGUCUUGCAGGAUGCUACUGUAGUAGUUCUUUCCUCCUUCAACUUUCAGAAAUUGUGUGGUCGUUUAACACUGACGGUACGAAAUGUAUUACAGUUAUUUACUUUAACAGCAUCACGUCAUCAUGGAACUGCCAUAUCGUCUAUGCCUAAUAUGGCUGCAAUUUUCUACAACAAUUGUUACUACAUUUGCCAUCGAUUGAUGUUGAUGCCGUUUAGCCUACUGAAGAACUACACGAAUUUUCGUCCUAUUUUGUCGGAUUCGCUGUGGAAAAUACGUGAAAUAGGUGCAGAUGUUCUAGAACAGGUAAAUGCUGGUAUCCAUUGGUGUUGCUUCAUUUAUUUAUCAACAUUCUUAGACAAUGGCGCAUCUAAUUUGAUUGGUUAUGACAAUCUUAUUUUAGUAUUCAUAGCAUUAUUUACAGUAUUUGGAGGAAUAGAUGAUCUUGAGCGUUAUGAUGCAGCGAAAAAUGUGCUGAAUGCUUGUCUGAUGCACAUUCAAAAUGUUUUCCCUGAGAUGGUAUACUCAUGUACUUUGGGUAAUAUCGUCUCGUUCCUCUUGGACAGUAUCGGUGAUGUGAUUUUACGAACAGAAGACAUUCGGUCGGUGGAUGCUGAUAUCUCAUCCACUAUGAUUGAGACUCUUUUAACUGAACUAAUCAAAGGCCAGUCAUCGAUCCAUAAAAGUUGUGCGACUGCAUAUUUUCGAAUGAAAGAAAUAAUCUUCUGCUCGUUAUUAAAUUACUUGGAAAAUAAUUUCUCACAUAUUUCAUGUAGUGAAUUUAUUUUUUGGUGGUUGAAAGAGUUGUUGAUUGUUACUAUGUUGUGUUGUUGUUAUUCGUGUCACAGCAUGGAAAGUGGACUAUUGUAUUUCGAGUUUAGCUAA